AUGAGUUCUUCAUCAAGCUCUCGUGAACCUUCACCAUCUAUGAAACAAACUUUACCAAACGAUUAUGGAGCACCUAUUGAAUAUUUCUUACGAGCUGCACAAUGGCAAAGAGCAGUCUCACCAAGGUUAGGUGUUCCACCAGCUCCUGUCAAAAAUAGCAUUUGGUCAAGUCCUUAUAUAAAAUAUGGUCUCCCACUAGGUUUGCUAGCUACAGCAGGAGCAGUAAUGAUGUUGAAAAGAAAUAAAGCAAAUGUUAUAAAUAAUACUGAAAUAGCUGAA